GUCACACAGCAGUGUUUCAGUCUUCCUGUUUGUGACACGAAGAGGUUGGAUUAGGGGGCCUGUAAGGCCCCUGCUGGCUUUCUGAAAAUGUGACUCCUUCCUGGACACAGUUGGGAGAGCUGCAGACCAAUGCUGACAGACACGGGGGUGGCCUGAAGAGCACCAGGAGCGAGAUCAUGGAGCUCGACAGGGUGAUCCAGAGUCUGCAGGCCCAGAUCAAGAGCGUCACAAAGCAGAACGUGAACCUGCAGAUGGCCAUUGCGGAAGCGGAGCAGCAUGAGGAAGUGGCCCACAAGGACGCCAAUGCCAAGCUCCAAGAUCUCAAGAAUGCCCUGCAGCAGGCCAAGGAGGACCUGGUCUGGGUACCGUGCGAGUACCAGGAGCUGAUGGAUGUCAAGCUUGCCCUGUACAUUGAGAUCGCCACCUAUCCGACCCUCACAGAGGGAGAGGAGUGCAGCUUAGUGGGAGUCCUGGUUCCUAGGAGGCCCAGAGGUCUGAUGGUUUCCCUUCCUGAGCCUGCUGCCAGGUACUGUGUGUGCAUGUGAACUCUGCUGGAGGUGCUGGUGGCCCUUGGCAGGCCCAGCCUCCUCCUUUUAAGGCCUUCAAGAUGCUGUCAGACAUCCAGAAAAGCUGUGUUUUCUGUGUAAUAGUGACCCCAUCAGAACCUUAUCUUGGAUAGACUUCCCUACCCUUCGUGUCUCACGUUUUAACUGUAAACCAUGUCUGCAAAGAGGAGGAGUUCCAGGCACAAAAUUACUUCUAGGCCAUUUCUUUACUAUUGCCUUCAUUGUAGGUUUCUGGAGUGGGUUCCUAUGGGCUGGUACUUGGAUAGGCCCCUGGCCCACGUGGGUGUAAAUAGCGCGUGUUGAAUGCAGAGGGUGCUGAGGAGUGGGGAGAGGUCAGGCUGGCCCAGGAACACCGCUCCGAUCUGUUACUCUGUGGGAGCGUGUUAGGGGAAAAGAGCAAUCAUUUCAGUCCAGGCGCACCCAGCAGAAGGAGGGAUGUGUGUCAUGAUUUUUUGAGCACAUAUCCAGAGUAUUUCUUUUUUUAAAAAUUACUUUAUUGUUGUUCAAUUACAGUUGUCGGCAUUUUCCCCCUACCACUCCCCCCGCCCCACCCCAGCCAAGUCCA